GAUAUCAUCUUGUUAUUGAUUUUGUUUUGAGUUAUGAAUUUUGAUAGUUACUACUUCUUUAUUGAUGACAUUCUCAAAACUUAAUCCUGAACUACUGCUUCAAUUCUAUCAUUGUUGAGUGAUAUAUUCCCAUCGCUUUAAUAUUUUCACUGCGUUCAAUAAUAGAAAUGGCGAGAACCCCGAUUUACUUGAUGGGCCUUCUUCUCUUGUGUUUCUUGGUAGCCUCCACAGAAGCAGAGUAUGUGAAAUAUAAAGACCCAAAACAGCCAUUGAAUGUUCGAAUAGAGGAUUUAAUGAGUAGGAUGACUUUGGAGGAAAAGAUUGGGCAGAUGGUGCAGAUUGACCGCAGUGUUGCAUCGGCAGAAGUCAUGAAGAAGUACUUGAUUGGGAGUGUAUUAAGUGGGGGAGGGAGUGUUCCAGCUAAGGAGGCUUCUGCGAAAACCUGGAUUAACAUGGUAAAUGAAUUCCAAAAGGGUUCUUUAUCAACUCGACUUGGAAUCCCAAUGAUUUAUGGAAUUGAUGCUGUUCAUGGCCAAAACAAUGUCUAUAAGGCAACAAUUUUCCCCCACAAUAUUGGAAUUGGAGCUACCAGAGACCCUGAACUUGUGAAAAGGAUUGGAGCUGCCACUGCACUUGAAGUUAGAGCUACAGGAAUUCCAUAUGUCUUUGCUCCUUGUAUAGCGGUUUGUAGAGAUCCUAGAUGGGGUCGUUGCUAUGAAAGCUACAGUGAAGACCCCAAGAUUGUUCAAGCAAUGACUGAGAUUGUACCAGGAUUACAAGGUGACAUUCCCACUAACUCUGCCAAGGGUGUCCCAUUUGUUGCUGGAAGAGAAAAGGUUGCGGCUUGUGCUAAGCAUUAUGUGGGUGAUGGUGGAACAACUAAAGGCAUCAAUGAAAACAACACAGUGAUAGACAGACAUGGAUUGCUUAGCACACACAUGCCUGGCUAUUAUAACUCCAUCAUCAAGGGUGUUGCAAGCAUUAUGAUCUCCUACUCCAGCUGGAAUGGAAUAAAGAUGCAUGCUAACCGUGAUCUUGUGACUGGCUUCCUCAAGAACACACUCCGUUUCAGGGGUUUUGUCAUCACAGAUUGGCAGGGUAUAGACCAAAUCACCACUCCACCUCAUGCUAACUACUCAUAUUCUAUUGAAGCAGGAAUUCAGGCUGGCAUUGACAUGGUCAUGGUUCCAUACAACUAUACAGAAUUCAUUCAUGGUCUAACCUCCCAGGUUAAGAAUAAGAUCAUUCCCAUGAGUCGAAUUGAUGAUGCAGUGAAGAGAAUUUUGAGGGUUAAGUUUGUGAUGGGUCUAUUUGAGAACCCAUUAGCUGAUUUCAGCCUGGUCAACCAGCUUGGAAGUCAGGAGCAUAGAGAAUUGGCUAGGGAAGCUGUUAGGAAAUCACUAGUGCUGUUAAAGAAUGGCGAAUCUGCAGAUACGCCAUUGCUGCCCCUUCCGAAGAAGGCAUCAAAAAUACUUGUUGCUGGCAGCCAUGCUGACAAUUUAGGUUAUCAGUGUGGAGGUUGGACAAUUGAGUGGCAAGGACUUAGCGGCAACAACCUCACUAAAGGUACCACAAUCCUCACUGCCAUAAAAAAUACAGUUGAUCCCAAAACAAAAGUAGUCUACAAGAAGAACCCGCAUGCUAAUUAUGUUAAGUCAAACAAAUUCGACUAUGCCAUUGUUGUAGUAGGAGAACACCCGUAUGCAGAGGGAGCAGGUGACAGCUUGAAUUUGACAAUCCCUGACCCAGGUCCAAGCACAUUUACCAGUGUCUGUGGAGCUGUGAAAUGUGUUGUUGUCAUUAUCUCUGGACGUCCUGUUAUGAUCCAACCAUAUAUAACAUUCAUGGAUGCCCUUGUUGCCGCGUGGCUUCCAGGAACUGAAGGACAAGGAGUUGCCGAUGUUUUAUUUGGUGACUAUGGUUUCAGUGGCAAGCUUCCACGCACUUGGUUCAGGACUGUUGAUCAGCUGCCAAUGAAUGCUGGGGAUCCACAUUAUGAUCCCCUCUUCCCACUUGGGUUUGGCCUCACUACAAAUCCUACUAAAUAAGUUACUAUUUCUAUUUCUCCAUUCAUGGGAUUUUAAUGAGUACCCACUUUCACCAAAAUAAUAAUAACAAAAGUUACAAAGAUUGCGGCUUCA